AUGACAAAUAGUAAUUACAAAUCAAAUAAUAAAACAUAUAAUGAAAAUAAUAAUGAACAAAUAACUACCAUAUUUAAUAGAACAAAUAUGAAUCCGAUAAAAAAAUGUCAUAUGAGAGAAAAAAUAAAUAAGUACUUUUUUUUGAUCAAAAUUUUGACAUGCACCAUUUUAAUAUGGGCUGUACAAUAUGCUAAUAACUCUGAUAUAAACAAGAGUUGGAAAAAAAAUACGUAUGUAGAUAAGAAAUUGAAUAAACUAUUUAACAGAAGUUUAGGAGAAUCUCAAGUAAAUGGUGAAUUAGCUAGUGAAGAAGUAAAGGAAAAAAUUCUUGACUUAUUAGAAGAAGGAAAUACAUUAACUGAAAGUGUAGAUGAUAAUAAAAAUUUAGAAGAAGCCGAAGAUAUAAAGGAAAAUAUCUUAUUAAGUAAUAUAGAAGAACCAAAAGAAAAUAUUAUUGACAAUUUAUUAAAUAAUAUUGGACAAAAUUCAGAAAAACAAGAAAGUGUAUCAGAAAAUGUACAAGUCAGUGAUGAACUUUUUAAUGAAUUAUUAAAUAGUGUAGAUGUUAAUGGAGAAGUAAAAGAAAAUAUUUUGGAGGAAAGUCAAGUUAAUGACGAUAUUUUUAAUAGUUUAGUAAAAAGUGUUCAACAAGAACAACAACACAAUGUUGAAGAAAAAGUUGAAGAAAGUGUAGAAGAAAAUGACGAAGAAAGUGUAGAAGAAAAUGUAGAAGAAAAUGUAGAAGAAAAUGACGACGAAAGUGUAGCCUCAAGUGUUGAAGAAAGUAUAGCUUCAAGUGUUGAUGAAAGUAUAGAUUCAAGUAUUGAAGAAAAUGUAGCUCCAACUGUUGAAGAAAUCGUAGCUCCAACUGUUGAAGAAAUUGUAGCUCCAAGUGUUGUAGAAAGUGUGGCUCCAAGUGUUGAAGAAAGUGUAGAAGAAAAUGUUGAAGAAAGUGUAGCUGAAAAUGUUGAAGAAAGUGUAGCUGAAAAUGUUGAAGAAAGUGUAGCUGAAAAUGUUGAAGAAAGUGUAGCUGAAAAUGUUGAAGAAAGUGUAGCUGAAAAUGUUGAAGAAAGUGUAGCUGAAAAUGUUGAAGAAAUCGUAGCUCCAACUGUUGAAGAAAGUGUAGCUCCAACUGUUGAAGAAAUUGUAGCUCCAAGUGUUGAAGAAAGUGUAGCUCCAAGUGUUGAAGAAAUUGUAGUUCCAACUGUUGAAGAAAGUGUAGCUGAAAAUGUUGAAGAAAUCGUAGCUCCAAGUGUUGAAGAAAUCGUAGCUCCAAGUGUUGAAGAAAUCGUAGCUCCAACUGUUGAAGAAAGUGUAGCUCCAACUGUUGAAGAAAUUGUAGCUCCAAGUGUUGAAGAAAGUGUAGCUCCAAGUGUUGAAGAAAUUGUAGUUCCAACUGUUGAAGAAAGUGUAGCUGAAAAUGUUGAAGAAAGUGUAGCUGAAAAUGUUGAAGAAAUCGUAGCUCCAAGUGUUGAAGAAAUCGUAGCUCCAAGUGUUGAAGAAAUCGUAGCUCCAAGUGUUGAAGAAAUCGUAGCUCCAAGUGUUGAAGAAAUCGUAGCUCCAAGUGUUGAAGAAAUCGUAGCUCCAAGUGUUGAAGAAAUCGUAGCUCCAAGUGUUGAAGAAAUCGUAGCUCCAAGUGUUGAAGAAAUCGUAGCUCCAACAGUUGAAGAAAUCGUAGCUCCAACAGUUGAAGAAAUUGUAGCUCCAAGUGUUGAAGAAAUCGUAGCUCCAACUGUUGAAGAAAGUGUUGCUGAAAACGUUGCAACAAAUUUAUCAGACAAUCUUUUAAGUAAUUUAUUAGGUGGUAUCGAAACUGAGGAAAUAAAGGACAGUAUAUUAAAUGAGAUAGAAGAAGUAAAAGAAAAUGUAGUCACCACAAUACUAGAAAACGUAGAAGAAACUACAGCUGAAAGUGUAACUACUUUUAGUAACAUAUUAGAGGAGAUACAAGAAAAUACUAUUACUAAUGAUACUAUAGAGGAAAAAUUAGAAGAACUCCACGAAAAUGUAUUAAGUGCCGCUUUAGAAAAUACCCAAAGUGAAGAGGAAAAGAAAGAAGUAAUAGAUGUAAUUGAAGAAGUAAAAGAAGAGGUCGCUACCACUUUAAUAGAAACUGUGGAACAGGCAGAAGAAGAGAGCGCAAGUACAAUUACGGAAAUAUUUGAAAAUUUAGAAGAAAAUGCAGUAGAAAGUAAUGAAAAUGUUGCAGAGAAUUUAGAGAAAUUAAACGAAACUGUAUUUAAUACUGUAUUAGAUAAAGUAGAGGAAACAGUAGAAAUUAGCGGAGAAAGUUUAGAAAACAAUGAAAUGGAUAAAGCAUUUUUUAGUGAAAUAUUUGAUAAUGUAAAAGGAAUACAAGAAAAUUUAUUAACAGGUAUGUUUCGAAGUAUAGAAACCAGUAUAGUAAUCCAAUCAGAAGAAAAGGUUGAUUUGAAUGAAAAUGUGGUUAGUUCGAUUUUAGAUAAUAUAGAAAAUAUGAAAGAAGGUUUAUUAAAUAAAUUAGAAAAUAUUUCAAGUACUGAAGGUGUUCAAGAAACUGUAACUGAACAUGUAGAACAAAAUGUAUAUGUGGAUGUUGAUGUUCCUGCUAUGAAAGAUCAAUUUUUAGGAAUAUUAAAUGAGGCAGGAGGGUUGAAAGAAAUGUUUUUUAAUUUGGAAGAUGUAUUUAAAAGUGAAAGUGAUGUAAUUACUGUAGAAGAAAUUAAGGAUGAACCGGUUCAAAAAGAGGUAGAAAAAGAAACUGUUAGUAUUAUUGAAGAAAUGGAAGAAAAUAUUGUAGAUGUAUUAGAGGAAGAAAAAGAAGAUUUAACAGACAAGAUGAUAGAUGCAGUAGAAGAAUCCAUAGAAAUAUCUUCAGAUUCUAAAGAAGAAACUGAAUCUAUUAAAGAUAAAGAAAAAGAUGUUUCACUAGUUGUUGAAGAAGUUCAAGACAAUGAUAUGGAUGAAAGUGUUGAGAAAGUUUUAGAAUUGAAAAAUAUGGAAGAGGAGUUAAUGAAGGAUGCUGUUGAAAUAAAUGACAUUACUAGCAAACUUAUUGAAGAAACUCAAGAGUUAAAUGAAGUAGAAGCAGAUUUAAUAAAAGAUAUGGAAAAAUUAAAAGAAUUAGAGAAAGCAUUAUCAGAAGAUUCUAAAGAAAUAAUAGAUGCAAAAGAUGAUACAUUAGAAAAAGUUAUUGAAGAGGAACAUGAUAUAACGACGACGUUGGAUGAAGUUGUAGAAUUAAAAGAUGUCGAAGAAGACAAGAUCGAAAAAGUAUCUGAUUUAAAAGAUCUUGAAGAAGAUAUAUUAAAAGAAGUAAAAGAAAUCAAAGAACUUGAAAGUGAAAUUUUAGAAGAUUAUAAAGAAUUAAAAACUAUUGAAACAGAUAUUUUAGAAGAGAAAAAAGAAAUAGAAAAAGAUCAUUUUGAAAAAUUCGAAGAAGAAGCUGAAGAAAUAAAAGAUCUUGAAGCAGAUAUAUUAAAAGAAGUAUCUUCAUUAGAAGUUGAAGAAGAAAAAAAAUUAGAAGAAGUACACGAAUUAAAAGAAGAGGUAGAACAUAUAAUAAGUGGUGAUGCGCAUAUAAAAGGUUUGGAAGAAGAUGAUUUAGAAGAAGUAGAUGAUUUAAAAGGAAGUAUAUUAGACAUGUUAAAGGGAGAUAUGGAAUUAGGGGAUAUGGAUAAGGAAAGUUUAGAAGAUGUAACAGCAAAACUUGGAGAAAGAGUUGAAUCCUUAAAAGAUGUUUUAUCUAGUGCAUUAGGCAUGGAUGAAGAACAAAUGAAAACAAGAAAAAAAGCUCAAAGACCUAAAUUGGAAGAAGUAUUAUUAAAAGAAGAGGUUAAAGAAGAACCAAAGAAAAAAAUAACAAAAAAGAAAGUAAGGUUUGAUAUUAAGGAUAAGGAACCAAAAGAUGAAAUAGUAGAAGUUGAAAUGAAAGAUGAAGAUAUAGAUGAAGAUAUAGAAGAAGAUGUAGAAGAAGAUAUAGAAGAAGAUAAAGUUGAAGAUAUAGAUGAAGAUAUAGAUGAAGAUAUAGAUGAAGAUAUAGGUGAAGACAAAGAUGAAGUUAUAGAUUUAAUAGUCCAAAAAGAGAAACGCAUUGAAAAGGUUAAAGAGAAAAAGAAAAAAUUAGAAAAAAAAGUUGAAGAAGGUGUUAGUGGUCUUAAAAAACACGUAGACGAAGUAAUGAAAUAUGUUCAAAAAAUUGAUAAAGAAGUUGAUAAAGAAGUAUCUAAAGCUUUAGAAUCAAAAAAUGAUGUUACUAAUGUUUUAAAACAAAAUCAAGAUUUUUUUAGUAAAGUUAAAAACUUCGUAAAAAAAUAUAAAGUAUUUGCUGCACCAUUCAUAUCUGCCGUUGCAGCAUUUGCAUCAUAUGUAGUUGGGUUCUUUACAUUUUCUUUAUUUUCAUCAUGUGUAACAAUAGCUUCUUCAACUUACUUAUUAUCAAAAGUUGACAAAACUAUAAAUAAAAAUAAGGAGAGACCGUUUUAUUCAUUUGUAUUUGAUAUCUUUAAGAAUUUAAAACAUUAUUUACAACAAAUGAAAGAAAAAUUUAGUAAAGAAAAAAAUAAUAAUGUAAUAGAAGUAACAAACAAAGCUGAGAAAAAAGGUAAUGUACAGGUAACAAAUAAAACCGAGAAAACAACUAAAGUUGAUAAAAAUAAUAAAGUACCGAAAAAAAGUAGAACGCAAAAAUCAAAAUAA